GACAUCGCCAGCAGCUGGCGCGGGACAUCUUGACGGUUACCCAGUCGGCCGCGCAGGCCGAGCCUGGAACCCCGACCAGGGGCCUCCAGCAAGGCCAGGGCGUCGGCAGAUCCGGCAGCCAGGAUUGGCGGAGCUCGAGCGACGAGACCGCGUGGCCCAAGGCGGGCUCCGACGCGAUGCAGGCCGAGCGCUGGACAGGCCUGUGGCAGCAGGGCAGCUGGUCGGUUCGCGAGCCUACGAGACCCGGCACGGCGGCGGGCAUCCUCCGUGGCUUUCCGCUGGCAGUGAG